AUGACGGCUUACCUCGCUAAUGCCAUGCGCGACCCACACACCCGUACCCGUCUAUCAACCAUCCUAACUGCAUCCUUCGCUCUGGCAGCGACAUCUGCUCUCCAGUACGCAUACCCUGUCAGCCCUCCAUUUCUCGUCCUCCUCACCAGCAGCUUCUGCGCGGAAAAGCUCCUGGAAGCAUACGGCUGGGACUGGCCGAUGGGGCUAUGUUGCAUCCUGUUAAGCGGCAUCUGCCUUGCGAUGGGUCUGCUGUACCGAUAUUUCGCCUUCCUGAACCGCUGCCCCGCCUUUAUCCGGUUAACCGGCUUUGCAGCGUUCGUCGCGCUGAUCUCCGCGUCGUACGUUAAAUGGCGCAAAGGCUACGCCGUCUUCCUCUCGCUCGGCCAAGGCGGGACGCCGUACAAUGCGCUAGGGUACACGGUCGAGUUGUUCACUGCGCUGUGUUUUGGCAUCGAUCCGUUCCAGCCUCCAGCUAUUCCUGCGGAAUUGUUCCCACAGACAGGCUUUCUGCACAGCAUCCCCAAGCGGACUGGCGACCGUCCGUCUCUCCCAAGCACCGCUCUGCAGCGCCAGUGCAACCAGCACGCCGACCCUGCCCUGAUCCAAACCGACAUCGACGCCUUUCUCACCAACUAUCCGCAUCUCUGCCAGGAGACAUCUUCCCUCUCGCGGCACAUCACCGCUCUAUUCCCCCGCGACAAGCGCUUGUCCCGUCCCUCCGAACGCCUCUUCAACAGCGAGAUUGGGCACGUACACUCCUACGAUGGUUCUCUGCACCUAAACCUACACCCCGCCGACGUCGACAAAGUCCUCGCAUGCGGCUGGGGGGAGCGCCACCCGCUAGCUCGGGGCGACGUGCUCUGGCUCGCCUACUUCCGCGACUUCUGGCGCUUCUGGGGCUACGAAGAGGCGCGGCCGCCUGUCCCGGCUGGCUGGACGCUUGUCUAUGCCCCGCGGGACGAGGAGGAGCGCAGGGUUGUCAUGCGGAUGGUGGGGGCAGCGGCCGAGUGGAUGACGGGCGUGAGGGUGGAGAAGACGGAUGAGCAGCGCAUGAGGGAGGUGGAGAGGGUGUAUGAACGGUUUCGACAAAGGGCUUGGAGGGUGUAUAUGCAGGAGUAG